UAAAACGAGAAGUGUUUGAGGCAACCGGCAGCCAUGGCCGGGAAUAUAGGGAUGGAGCAGUUGAUUCCAAUCGUCAAUAAGCUGCAAGAUGCUUUUACACAGUUGGGCGUGCAUAUGCAGUUAGAUUUACCACAAAUCGCUGUGGUGGGCGGACAAUCGGCAGGAAAAAGCUCCGUAUUAGAAAAUUUUGUGGGCAGGGACUUCUUGCCACGAGGUUCAGGAAUAGUUACGCGCCGACCAUUGAUUCUACAGCUUAUAAAUGGAAACGCAGAAUGUGCGGAGUUUCUUCAUCUCAAAGGCAAAAAGUUCACUGACUUCAAUGAAGUGCGAAGCGAGAUUGAAGCGGAGACCGACCGUGUCACCGGAUCCAAUAAGGGCAUAUCACCGGUGCCUAUCAAUCUGCGCGUGUAUUCGCCAAACGUUCUUAACCUGACCCUGAUCGAUCUGCCGGGCCUGACAAAGGUUCCAAUCGGCGACCAGCCAAUAGACAUCGAGCAGCAAAUCAAAGCCAUGAUCUUCCAGUUCAUAAGGCGCGAGUCGUGCCUCAUACUCGCGGUCACGCCGGCCAACACCGAUCUGGCGAACAGCGAUGCUCUUAAGCUUGCCAAAGAAGUUGACCCUCAAGGUCUCCGUACUAUCGGCGUGAUAACCAAACUGGACCUUAUGGACGAGGGCACGGACGCGCGCGACGUGCUCGAGAACAAGCUGCUGCCGCUGCGGCGCGGCUACAUCGGCGUCGUCAACCGCUCGCAGAAGGACAUCGACGGACGCAAGGACAUCUCCGCCGCCCUCGCCGCUGAACGGAAGUUCUUCCUUAGCCACCCAUCAUACCGUCACAUGGCGGACCGCCUCGGCACGCCGUACCUGCAGCGGGUACUGAACCAGCAGCUGACGAACCACAUCCGCGACACGCUGCCGGGCCUGCGCGACAAGCUGCAGAAGCAACUGCUCGCGCUCGAGAAGGACGUCGAACAGUACAAGCACUUCAGGCCCGACGACCCCUCCAUCAAGACUAAGGCUAUGUUGCAAAUGAUCCAAACCCUGCAAACGGAUUUCGAGCGCACGAUCGAGGGCUCCGGCUCGGCUCAAAUCAACACGAACGAACUCUCCGGCGGCGCUAAGAUCAACCGACUGUUCCACGAACGAUUCCCAUUCGAGAUUGUGAAGAUGGAAUUCGACGAGAAAGAACUGCGCAGGGAGAUCGCAUUCGCCAUUAGAAAUAUUCACGGUAUUAGGGUGGGGCUUUUCACGCCCGACAUGGCGUUCGAGGCAAUAGUGAAGAAACAAAUAGCUCGGCUCAAGGAGCCCUGCCUCAAGUGUGUUGACUUAGUCGUGCAGGAGUUGUCUAAUGUGGUCCGCAUCUGCACGGAAAGGAUGUCGCGCUACCCGCGCCUGCGCGAGGAGACGGAGCGCAUCAUCAUGUCGCACGUGCGCUCGCGCGAGCAGCAGUGCAAGGACCAGCUCGUGCUGCUCAUCGACUGCGAGCUCGCCUACAUGAACACCAACCACGAGGACUUCAUCGGGUUUGCCAAUGCACAAAAUCAAUCGGAGAACGCUGCCAAGUCCGGCCAUCGCGCUCUCGGCAACCAAGUCAUUAGGAAAGGUUACAUGUGCAUACACAACUUGGGCAUCAUGAAAGGUGGUUCCCGUGACUACUGGUUCGUGUUGACGUCCGAGAGCAUCUCCUGGUACAAGGACGAGGAGGAGCGCGAGAAGAAAUACAUGCUCCCCCUCGACGGACUGAAGCUGCGCGAUCUGGAGCAGGGUUUCAUGUCGCGGCGACACAUGUUCGCGCUCUUCAACCCCGAGGGUAGGAAUGUAUACAAGGAUUACAAGCAGCUGGAGUUGUCCUGUGAGACGCAAGACGACGUGGACUCGUGGAAGGCGUCGUUCUUGCGCGCCGGCGUGUACCCGGAGAAGACGUCCGAGGCGGCCAACGGAGACGAGAGCGAAGGAACUGAGAAUUCCGACAGCAGCGGUACGAGCAGCAUGGACCCUCAGCUGGAGCGACAAGUGGAGACCAUUCGCAACCUCGUCGACUCGUACAUGCGCAUAGUCACAAAGACAACGCGAGAUCUCGUUCCCAAGACUAUCAUGAUGAUGAUCAUCAAUAACGCCAAAGACUUUAUUAACGGAGAGCUCCUCGCACAUUUAUAUGCUUCCGGCGAUCAGUCUCAAAUGAUGGAAGAGUCACCCGAGGAGGCCCUGAAGCGCGAGGAGAUGUUGCGUAUGUACCACGCGUGCAAGGAGGCGCUGCGCAUCAUCGGCGACGUGUCGAUGGCCACCGUCAGCACGCCCGUGCCGCCGCCCGUCAAGAACGACUGGCUCGAGAGUCGUCUCGACUCCAACCCGCGCCUCUCCCCGCCCUCGCCCGGCGGUCCACGCCGCGCCGCGCCUGCGCAGCAGGGUUCCCUGGGCCAACGCGGCGCGCCCCCGCCGCCGGGCGGCGCGGGUCGUCCGGCGCCGCCGCUGCCGUCGCGGCCGGGCGGCGCCGCGCCCCCGCCCCCCGCGGGCCGCCCCGCGCCCGGACAGGGCCUGCCCGCACCGCUCAUCCCCACGAGGCCGGGCGGCGCGGGGGGCGCGGCGGGCGCGGGCGCGGCGGGCGCGGCGGGCGCGCUGCACCACGUGCCGCCGCACGUGCGCGCGCAGGUCAACCAGGCCGUCGGGCAGGCCGUCACCAACGCCGCCAUCAACGAACUCAGCUCCGCGUUCGCACGGUUCAAGUAAACCCGCACUCUACUCCGACACUAACAUCUGUUCCGCUCUCCAGUGUGUGUCUUGUCAAGCUGAUGGGUCCGUGCGUAUACUACCACUACAUUAACAAUACAGUAUUAAAAAUUGUGACUGUUUUCAAUAAAAUUAUAUCAUCAAAACAAAAAAUAUUUAUAUUGUUCAGAAGUUUAUCGACAUUGGAAGUAUUAGUGUUGAUCUCGUAGUAAGAUUAUUAUGACUGAUUUUUAAAAAAGGUCUUUCUUCAGCUUAAAUCAAAUCACAUUUUAUAAUUUGAAACAGGUGGUAUACGCACAGACAUACGAAUGCUUUCCGUGUACUUUUCUUCAUGUGUGACUGCAGUUACUUUGUACCCAAUUGUGAUAAUACUCUGAUAACAGUGUUCCACUUCGGACUUGCCGAUUGUUAAAGAUCUAGGACACGCUGUAUAACGUAACACGAUGCUUUGUGUCUGUGCUGUAACCUCAAAUGUUUUGAUAACGCCGUGCUAGCCUUCAGUGUGACGUCGGGCCGGCAAAGAUUAUGAACAUUGGCGAGAUAUCAUACUAUUGUCCGCCAUUUUUAAAAUCAAGCUGCGGGCAGUGUCUGAUGCAGUACUGUUACGGUCAAAAGUAUUGAGAAUAUUCAAUAAUUUACUGUGGAGGCGUUAAAAUAUGUUUUGUUUAUACGAUUAAAUUUAUUGCCAGUAUAUAAAUAUAAGGUCAUCGUGUACCUACACUUUAUGUGGUCUGUGCUUAACAACACCUUUAUGUUUUACUGGAUACCACACUGCUAUGUUCUUUAUGUUGUGUCAGCAUAUUUGUUUUAAUGAUUUAACUUAAAUAUUCACCUUUUGUAUUGUGAUCUAUUUGCUCAUAACAUAUGCCUAAAGUAUUUUGUAAAAAAUAUUUGCUUAUUUUAAUAAAAAUCGUUGAGCACUUCUAGCGGCACUGGAAAUGUCCCGCCUUGUCGACUAAUAUUGCAUAGGUUUCCAACAAUUCAGAGGCGUAAUUGUUUAUUUUCGUAUGUGCUUUUAUCACAUAUUUUUGUACUCUCUAAUACACUCCAAACUAAAGCACUUAUUUUGCUUACAAAUAUUGUGGAUGUUUCCAGUGACGUGUCCAAUAAUAUCACUGUUUGUGAUCGCAAUCAACGUUACCGUUAUAUGUAAAUUGUAUAUAGUAUUGUGUUCCGAUCUAUAGGUUAGUGUAAAUCUUGAUUCAUAUUUUUAUAUGUUAAAAAUAGUUUUGGCAAUGAGCCCGUUGUUUUAUGGCGAGCGUAUUAUGUACCUAUUUGAAGAUCACACACAUAUCGACCGCUAUGUUCUACAUUCCAAGUCCCUUUAAUAUAAAUUAACAUAUAUUUUAGCAUUACUAUGAGAGUUUUUAAUGAUUUUGAAACCUGACAAAUGUGUUAUGUAGUUUCGAUUUAUGACAUGAUGUGUACAGUAGUGAAAUUCAAAUAAAUUCAGUAUUAAAUAUGAAUUAUAUUUAAUUGUAAUUAUUGAGAGUGCUUCGUGAUUAUGUGGAGCAUAUGAGGUAUACGCAAUAGUUGAAGCACUGUUUGAUUAUUUAGCGCUUACGAUGAUUUUUUUAUGAUUAUGGUGACGUCAUUAUGUUGAUGGAUGAGUAUAAAUGUUACGUUCGAUGGCUUAAGAUAGUUGUACAUUGGAUUAUUUGGAGUCGGCAUCGCAAGCUCCCGAGGGUCAUGGUGAGGAGGCAGUCGGGAGACACAAACGAGCAUAUCAUUUUGUUUUAUAAAUGCUAGUGUAAAGUGUAAAGAUACAUUUGUUGUUUGUCGUUCCCGCACCGGACAGUCGUCGCGUAGCGCGUAGUGUCGACGUUUCAUUUCGCAGUAACACGUCGGUGUUUAGGUGUUCCGGUAGUUUGUUUAGAACUGUGUCUCGCAUCGGAUAUCUAUUUACAGUCGACUAGUUGCGAGACGUCUAAUACUAAUGCAUUUACAUUUACUCGGAAUUAUAGCCCGGCUUGUUUGUUGACGUUGUAUAUGUAAAAAGUGCAUCAGUACGACGUAGUGUUAGAUUGCACUCACUUAUAUUAUGAAACAUCACGAUAUGAUACCUGUUAAACGUUUGUAUUGUAAACCUAAUCGUACUUAUAAUGGCUUAGACCAAAGCAGUUGUCUCUUAUAUUAUUGCUGUUAGCACUACCUUUGGUCAAUUAUUAGAAAUGUUUUAUUGAUGGUGAUACAACAUGAAUUCAUAAUUAAAUGCUACAUUGUAUAUUGGAAUGUUCACCAUUCGUCACGUGUAGUACACGAUGUUGAUCGCUCGCAUGAUAUUCCACUACGAUUAACUCAUUAACGGUAGAUGUCGGAAGGAGUAGUUGGUGUUCGUGGACGCCGGUGUCGGUGGUCUCCGCCGUGGUGAGCCGUGAGGGGCGUCAGUAAACGGAGUUCCUACGCGUAAUGAAGUGUUUACAGUAGUCUGUCUCUUUGCUCUAUUGAUAUUAGCGAAAUAUACGAAAAUAAUAAAUAUUUCAAUCAUGUAAAGUUUUGCUCUCUCUUGUUAAUAGCGUUAGUAUCAUCGAAAUAAAACGUAUAGACAGUGAUUGUUGGAUUUGAUAUAGUUUAUGAAUAUUGUUAAUCUUAUGCUGUAUAAAUAGAGUAAUUAAAUGCUAUAUGUGUACUAAAGACGUUUGAUUUAUUUCAGUAGUUUGAAUUUGUUUAAUGACGGCUUUAUAUCCCACUAACAAUACAGAUUAUAUGACCGGAUGCGUUAUUAGGUAAGCCGAAUCCGUACUGCGGUAUAUAUUUCAAUAAGAAACUAUUAUCGUUCCACUUAUAAAUAUCUGUUUAUGUAUUUUAGCAGGGGAAAUGUCGCGGUGUAUCAAAAGGGAGUUAACGCCUAGCUUGUGCUUACUAUAAAUUAUUACAUUAAGGCAUAUUAAGUAACCAAGGUGUAUUAAACAUCGAAAUGGAUUAAUAAAAAUGGUUGUCAUACUUAAGGAUUUAUUAACACGAUACAAAGAUAUUAAAGGGAGACGGUCAGCGCCGGAGGUGCUUUCAACCAUUUUCAUCGUAUUAAGCUAUGUACAUAGGUUUACGACGCGUUCAAAAACUAAAAAUGUUUGUAUUUAAAUGGUUCAUAUAUAAUGUAGGCGAGUCCUUAGGCUGCGGACAUUUCACCCCUGCUAUAGUAAUGUUGAACAAUAAUAGAAGUACAUCUUAUUGAAAUAUUAUAUUAUGAUAGAGUUGAAGAGGUUUGCUUGCAAGCGUAUUGCGGUUUAGUGCAUGUGUUAAGAGUGUGUAUUUUUUUGCGAAAAUUGCUCAUUUAUUCGGGGCCACGUCAUAUAAUGCACAUAAUGUUGACAAUGGUGGUCGCGGCUACAAAAUCUGGAAUCUUGUAGCUGCGUAGAUGUUUAAUAUUGUUUUAGCGACUUGUAGUCAUGAUCUCUAUAGAAUUUACGCGUUUUAGUCAUUACAUAGACGCUGUAUUCCGUUUUUGUUCCUAUUUUUAACGUAGUGUCUUUAUGGCGUUUUUUUGUUCAUUCUGGCAUUUAACGAACAAUUCCAAUGAAUGAUUCUAGCCGCUAGCUUUUGAUUGACAAAAAAAAGACAAGUAGGAUAAAGAUUAUUUGUAGUACUUAAAAAUUACUUAUUUACAGCCAUUGUCAAUUUAAGAUUGGGAUCAUUUAUUUGUCAAUAAAUGAUCCCAAUCUCAAUCUUAAAUCCGAUUCCAAACAUAAACCAAUCAAAAUAACUUUGUUCUGAUUGGUCAAUUUUGAGAUAGAUAGAAUAAAGCGAUCGGGAUCGCUUAUUGAAAAUUGCAAUUAGACUUUGCAGUAAUUUAUUCGUUUAUUGGGAUCGAUUGUGAAUCACCGUUCGCCAAUUCUAAAAGUAUAAUAUGUUGUGGUCCUUAUAAAUGUAGACGGCAUGCCAUAAUGAAACCCUGAAAUGUGUCCUACGUGAUUUAUACAUAACACCUAAACCAUUAAUUUUUGCAUGAAUAUCUCACUGCAUCCACGGGCACGUUAAGCUAAAAUCUAUGUCACGAGCUUCCACAGUCUAGCUUAUCUCAUUGUACCUUCCAGUUAACUCACUUCCAUGAAUGUAUCUAGUUUUUGUACGUUAUAAAUGUUUUUGAUGUUAAUUAUUUUUUAUUUUCCAACGCUAUAGCCGACCGGUGCCCAAUAUGCCGCCGAAGCUGCCCGAGCGACCGCAGAACGGUCGGCCAUUUUGAACGCGCCCACUCUUCGCCAUCGUCUAUAAUAAGCUUUACUGUAAAUAUGUUUCUAUUAUGUAUAUUGCCUUAUAUUUAAUGCUUAGAUUUACGCAAAGUAUUUAAUUAGUUAAAGAAGAACACAAUGAACUGUGAUUACUUCAAAGAACGAUGUCGAAUUUCUGUGUCUAAUUGCGAGUAAGGCUAGUUUUACUCACUUUAGACAAAUUAUUAUUUAAGAUAAUCGUCAAUGUUCAGACAUAAUCAAUGUAUGAAAUCGAUGUUAAUGAACAUUAAAUCUAUGCAAUAAUAUGUGUCGAUUAAAAUGGCGCUGAAGACCACUAAAAUUUAACUUUAUAUAAAUUAAACAAGCGUUUCUGUUGCCAAUGCACAACUAUUGCAUAGUUAUUGCUUCGACUUAUUAAAUUUGAUGUGUAUGACAACUCUUAUUAAAAAAAAUAUAAUGUUUGAUGUAUAAAAGAUUCUUCUACUUAUAUAGAAAUAUAAAGUCAGAGUGAAUUCCUUGAGGCGGCUUAAGGCCCGAGUCACACGCUACGUUAUAUACUUCUUUAAUAGAUGUUGAGAUACUUUAAAGCGUAUCGUUUGUAUGCUUAGUCCCCUUACAAACGGCUCACCGUUGUUUCUUAUAAGAAUUGUCGUGCCAUACGACUGACAGAAUGUUGGAUUGUUCUCCUUAGAAGAGGCUACUGUAAUGGAAGUGUUCGUUCUGCUUUGCGGAAAUACUUAAUCUUGGAAUUUAAUAUGUGUAACCGCAUUACUGUGGCAUUUAACAGAAGGCCUGGCACGUGACUAAGAGGUUUUAUAAAAACAUUUACGAAGUACGAGUACUGGAACUCCUGUACUAUAAAAGGGUCCCCGUAGACUACAGAUUUUUUUGUCGACUGACAGUUUAUUCAGGUUUAGGUUGUUGAACAGUUUGGUUGUUCAACAAGCAACAGUAGGUUGUUUGCUUUAAAAAAAUGCUUGUUGGUAAAUUUUACUUAAAGAGAACAAUCGCGAAAUGAAAGAAAGUCACUCACAGAAGGUAACCGAAAGUGCUGAGUAAUUUAGAUGUGAAAUUAUAUAUGAAUUAAUAUAACAAUAAAAAAAUAAUUACUAUAAAGAAUUAAAAUUCCACAAUAGAAAUAUGUAUUAAAUUGAAUAAGUCUAACCCGCUUCAACGAACUUGAUAAACAAAGCAUUGUAUUCGCAUCAGAAUAUUAGAUAAUUACUAUUUUAAGAUAGUUUGCGGGGUAUUUAACGGUGCAUCACAAUUUAAUAUCACAAGUCGCUGCUAAGGGUAUAUCUAGUUUCCCGCACGCGCCUUGAACGAGCCCUAAACGAGUGCUUUAUGUAGGUUCUUUACAGAGUUAACAAUCAUUUUGGCUGGCUGGAAGGUUUCCUGGUAGCUUUGCAGCUAUUAUUAUUUCUUUGCGAUUAAAGGGUGGGUAUAGGGCUGUAAGGAACGAGUUUCAAACCAGCUCAAAAUAUGAUGACACUGUUUGUGUAUCGUACUAGACAAGGAAUGUAUGCAGUAACUUACAGUUACAUAUCUUACAAUAUAUUUUUGUACCGCGCGAUUAAGGCGUGUACGCCAAUCUGGAUAUAACUCUUAGAACAUAGAGAUUAACUGCAAAUAAUGCUUAGUUUUAAGUAGACACUAAUUUAUUACUACUUUUGUAUCGAUAAAAUUUGUUGAAGGAGAAAUUAAACAGGAACUGGAGAGAUAUAAUUAAGAAUCGUUAAUUUGCCUAAAAGUUAAAAUGAUAGCUCAAAUCGCUGACUUAUACUACUUAAUUGUUAUUGUUGUGUGUAAAAUAUAUUUUGUCAUAAUUAUGGAUAAUUUUUAAAUUAUUUAUUUGACUAUAUUACCUCUUCUUUACAUCAAGUCUCUCCGGUUUCCACUGGGAAUACACAAAGGAUAUUUUUGUAAAUUCAUACUAUUUUUACUUCCGAUGUUUGGAUAUAGUAUAGAUGUCAAAUAGUUUUUAGUUAAAACUCAAUGGUCGAUGUUCUGUAAUUAUUGUUUUGUAUAUUUUAGGGGUUAUUUAUCAUACAUUCCCAUUGCGUCAUACCUGAUAUAUUCGCGUGCCAGGUUGUAACGUGUAUAUAAAUGUAAAGUAAUAUUGUAGACUUGUUUAUACUUGUAUACUGUUGUAUGCAAUUGUAAUAAAUGUGUAUAUAAAAUA